AUGGUCGUCGCAACAAUAAAGUGUGUAGUAGUUGGUGACGGUGCCGUGGGCAAGACAUGUCUUCUCAUCAGCUAUACGACAAACAAGUUCCCUUCUGAAUACGUGCCGACCGUUUUCGAUAACUAUGCCGUUACUGUUAUGAUUGGCGAUGAGCCAUACACCUUAGGCCUCUUCGAUACGGCUGGACAAGAAGAUUACGACCGCCUACGUCCCUUAUCUUACCCGCAAACGGAUGUCUUCCUCGUCUGCUUCUCUGUUACCUCGCCCGCGUCUUUCGAAAACGUCCGCGAGAAAUGGUUCCCCGAGGUGCACCAUCACUGCCCCGGCGUUCCUUGCCUCAUCGUAGGCACCCAGACGGAUUUGCGAGAUGACGCAAGUGUACGGGAGAAGCUAGGGAAGCAGAAGAUGAGCCCGGUCAAGAGGGAAGAUGGUGAGAGGAUGGCCAAGGAUUUGGGUGCAGUGAAAUAUGUGGAGUGCAGUGCGUUGACGCAGUAUAAGCUGAAGGAUGUCUUUGACGAGGCAAUUGUCGCCGCGCUCGAACCCCCAGCCCCAAAGAAAAAGCAUAGCAAAUGCUUGAUCUUGUAA